AUGGUGACUUCACCAACAAAGGGUUGUGCGUAUUCUCCGCUCCGAACACCCCGUGCGUCUUCUCUCCGCUCCAUUGACACUGCUCUCCGAUACCCAACCCUUCUCCGAGUUCGAAACAUGGCUUCCAGGCAACCUGCGUGUGAUCCCUGUAGAAGAGCCAAGCUUGCAUGCGACCACACUCGUCCAGUCUGCUCCCGUUGUCGGAGCCAACAGAAGCAGGGGUUAUGCACAUACAGGGUUUCUCCCUUCAAGAGGAAGCGUGCAAGCGCUUCUUCGCCGCAGCCUCAAGAAAGUCGUCCUAGCCGUCGCCGCAGCUCUCAAGAUGUCACCCCAACUCGUACCAGUUCUCAGACCCCUGUCACCAACAAGACCUACCUGUAUCCCAACCCGGGGCAUAUCGGACGUUCAAGUCAUGUCGCCAUCUUCAACCAAAUAUUUCCUGACCAGUCAGACGAAUCUCCAACUGCUGCAACAGGGCAUAGUGGUUCCCCGAAUUCCGUAAGCCCUGAGGGUCCCUCCUUGGAUGAUAACCCUUUGGCUAGAAAAGGAGCCGGGCUAUUAAAAAAACUCCUAGAAUCGUAUAGUCUAUCGUCUAUGGAGAGGUUCGUCUCCUUCUGGAUUGAAAAGGGGGUAAACCUGCCCCUUGCAGAACCCUUUGUGGCCCUCUGCGCCCAAAUAUCCAACUACUCCUGUCUAUCAACCUUCGAGGGUCCAGAUUGGCACUUUAGAAUGGCCCAAAAGAUGUUAGCCAACACAACCCGGCCCUUGGAGUAUGACGGCAACACAGGUUUCUCUGAAUAUGUUGCUCAGUUCACAGGGGAAAAUACACGCUGGGAGACUUUAGGCCUCUUCUUGAGCGCUGUUCUUCGGGCUUUGAUCGAGAUUCCCUUCUUUCCUACUCUGUAUACUACAGAGGACAGCCAACGCGAUCUGAAAAAUAAGUUGCUGGCCUUGGUCGGCUGCUCCCUGGACGUUUGUCUCUCCUUGGACUGCUUGAACGACCUGCAACAUGUGAUCCAGUACGAAAACACGAUUACCUACACAUACACAAGCGGAGAUCAAAGCUUUUUCUUAUAUCGAAGGCUCGGGGACGUCAUGGCGUCCGUCUUUGCACUCGGAUACCACGAAGACUUAGACGCCAAGUCUGACACACCUCAGUUUCUCAUCCAACUACGAAAAGCGGCGUUUGCGCGUAUCUACUCGGCAGACAAGAAUGGUUCCCUUUUCCUUGGUAGGCCACCGCGUCUGAGCAAGAGAUUCUCUUGUUUUCAGCUUCCUGAUAGUCGCCUACCUCUGGAUUGUACUACAGCGACGCUUGAGCCGAUUGGCACUCGUGAAUGGGAUCCAGAGUCGGUUAUGAACUACAGAGCGGAGACUAGGUGGUCGGCUUUGUGUGCCUUUGUGAAGGAAGAGGUGAUGGAGCUUAUGUUUGACAACAGCCGCACCGACUGCCGGCAGAAGAUUGAAGCCUUACAAGAAAUGGCAGACUCACAAUGGAACGCUCUCCCACCGCACUUCCGUCUAAGCACCAGCAUCAAACAACACAGCGACGCUCCGUUUGAACGCGACUUUGUGGCCAGCACACGUCUCAACUACUUACACACAACGUUUCUUAUCCGCCGCCUGGCACUGGAUCGUCUAUCCGAGCCGGCAGCGCCCCUUAUUGAAGUUUCAAUCGAGAUGCUCAAGCUUGCUGUCGAGGUUAUGGUUCUACGGGAAGAGCUGUCAAAUUCGGGUACUAGGCUCACCUGGAAGAUCGCUCACUAUGGACUGCCUGCUGCGGGUAUAAUCAUAAUGGCGAUGCUUAACCAGCACCCCACGCCACAGUGCCUACGAAUUUCCAGGUCUAGGGUUCUUCAGGACCUCGCAGUUCUCGUGGCCGAAGUUGAGAGAGGUACGGUGGUCAAGGCAGAAGACCCCAACUACGCCAUCCUAUCGAAAGCCACGCAAACAAUCCAGCGAUUUCUCGACUUUAUCCACAGCGAGCAACCCAUAGAGGCAGCCCCGCCGCAGUUAUCGGAGCAGCUGCAUCCUGACGCGCCGUGGGGACAGCAGCUGGGACAGGACUUGGAGUCUGAGUUUUCAUUCUGGCAGGGCAUUGCAGACCAUCCCUCUUUGUACACUCAGUAUCUUUUGCCGUCGGGUGAAUUACCUGGGGAGCCCUCCAACAUGCCGGGGCCAGAAGAAACUUAG